CAUGGCAGCCUUCUGGAAAGGCCGGCAUCGUUGGAAAAGGACAUGUAUUCGUAUUUUAACAAGAAACCUAACAGGGAAAUAUGACUAUGACCUAGUUGUUAUUGGCGGGGGCUCCGGAGGUCUUGCCUGUUCUAAAGAAGCGGCACAGUUGGGACAGAAGGUUGCUGUUUUAGAUUAUGUGGAGCCAUCUUUGAAAGGUACCAAAUGGGGUCUUGGUGGAACAUGUGUCAAUGUUGGCUGCAUUCCCAAGAAGCUCAUGCACCAAGCUGCUUUGCUUGGCACUGCAGUCAAAGAUGCUAAAAAAUAUGGCUGGCAAAUCUCUGAGCCAGUCUCCCAUGACUGGGCCACCAUGGCAGACGCUGUCCAGAACCAUGUUAGAUCCCUAAACUGGGGUCACCGGGUUCAGCUACAGGACAAGAAGGUGAAGUAUCUGAACAUCAGAGGAAGUCUGCUGGAUGAGCACACAAUUAAAGGGCUGACCAAAGCAGGGAAAGAGAUGAUUCUGACUGCCAAGAACAUUGUGAUUGCAACUGGGGGACGGCCUAAAUACCCCACAAAUAUCCCUGGUGCAGUGGAGCACGGCAUCACGAGUGAUGACAUAUUCUGGCUGAAGGAGUCACCUGGAAAAACGCUUGUGGUUGGCGCCAGCUAUGUGGCUCUGGAGUGUGCAGGAUUCCUGACAGGCAUUGGCCUGGACACCAGAGUUAUGGUUCGCAACAUCGCCCUCCGAGGGUUUGAUCAGCAAAUGGCAGGCCUUGUGACAGACUACAUGGAGGCUUAUGGGACCAAGUUUUCCUGGAAGUGCAUUCCCAAGAAAGUGGACAAAUUGUCCUCCGGAGCAAUGCAGGUGACGUGGACAGACAUGCAGACGGGCAAGGAGGAGAAGGACACCUUUGACACUGUACUUUGGGCAGUAGGCAGAGCCCCCGAAACCAAAGCUCUGGGCCUGGACAAGGUUGGCGUGCAGCUCAACAAGGAGACAGGGAAAAUAAUUGUAGGGGCUGAUGAAUCGACCUCGGUGCCCAACAUCUACGCUUUUGGGGACAUCAGCGAGGGUCGUCCUGAGUUGACCCCUACAGCCAUUAAAUCAGGAAAGCUACUUGCCCGCAGACUAGCUGGAAAGAGCCCCGAGCUCAUGAACUACAACAACGUGGCGACCACAGUGUUUACCCCUGUGGAAUAUGGCUGUGUGGGGCUGUCUGAGGAGGAGGCAGAAAGCAGGCACGGGAAAGACGCUAUAGAGGUCUACCAUGCGUUCUACAAGCCUCUGGAGUUCACUGUUGCUGAGAGGGAUGCCAGCCAGUGUUACAUAAAAGUGGUGUGUGAGAGGGGUGGAGACCAGAAGAUCUUGGGUCUGCAUUUCACGGGUCCAAAUGCUGGAGAAGUCAUUCAGGGCUUUGCUAUGGGCUUCCAGUGUGGGGCCACCUUUUCCCACCUGUUGGAGACCGUAGGAAUCCACCCAACCUGUGCCGAGGAACUGACCAAGCUCAAUAUCACCAAGCGCUCAGGCCUGGACGCCACUGUCACUGGCUGCUGAGGUUAAGCACCCCUGUCCUUGAGCACCACCGAGCACACAGGGUCCCUCAAUUGUUUAGAUCUGGCCUCCUAAGUUCGUAGCGGGCCCGUUGUUUUCCCUUCACCACUUAUUCAGCCAGGCCUGAUUGGAAGCACUUAACACAGUUCACCGUGGGUGUGCUGUUGCUUCAGUUGAAGAAACCAGGGUUAAUGUCAGCGCUAGGUCACGUAAUUAUUGAAUGAGAUAUUCCAUAUUUGCAAGCUGGUGUUUUGUAGGUCUACUCAGAAAACUCAGGUUUUUCAAUCAAGGUCAGUGAAAGCCUUGACUGCAUAGAAAGCGUCCUUUAAACAAACAGUGGUCAUACUUCAGAAUCAGGGCUUGGAGUUCGGUUGGAACCAUACAAGAAAUGCAGAGGGCCCUAAUGCUUUUCUGAAUACAUAUUCUACAAAUAUUGUUGUUUCUCAGGCUGUACUUCCUGUCCAUUAGUCUUGGAGGUGACACAUGCCAUGGCCCCCUUCAUGACACUGAUGGAUAGCCCCUGGGCUAUUGCUGCAGUGACACCACCCUGUUUCCCAUGGACACCCAAACAGUCGGCGGGCUGCCUGUCAGUCAGCCAGUAAGACCUGGCCAGAGUGCAUGCUUGUUUAGGGCCCUCUAUGAGUCCAGCUCCCCCUCAGUCCUCUUCUCUUGUGCCCUUCUCCUUCCCAAUGCACAAAAGAAUACAUUGGGAUCACAAUAACAGGCUCUGUCAAAACGAGUGUGCCGACACCACAGCCCAGUCACUGGCAACCUUAUCCCUUCAGGGCAGAGCCAGCUCAGAUAGGGCUGCAGUACUCGUCUUUACCCAUAGGUGGCACUAUAACCCGCUAAUUUCCCUCCUGGUCUCAGAAAAGAAAAGGCGGGCGGUGGGUUAAACAUGGCUGAAUGCAUUCAGUGUGCACAUUUGAUCCCUUUAAUCCUUAUAAAAGAUAUGCACUUCUGGAAAAAGUAGGGUAGCCAGGCUGAGUAUAAUUGGCACUAAACUGAUAAGGGUUAUCUGUUGUGUAUUUACAUGGAUGGCAAGUUAGCCAUCAAGAGUCAUCGCCCUUUAGAGAUAAGGCAAAUUGUUUAUUUCAAUAAAGCACUAAUAGAUGGGUACAAUUUUCCAAAAGUAUUUAAAUAUUCAACUAGCUAGCCACUUCCCAUUCUUCAUCUUGGGUUUAUUAAAUAGAGGAGGAUAAGGAGGUCUGUGAAUAGCUUAAAGGGUUGCUACAGUCAGAGGGCGGCUAAGAGGAGGCCACCAGGCCCAGUUUAUUUGUGUUUGAAGUCUAAUCUGCCUCGCCUGAUUAAUGAUCCUGACGAGGGGAGUGACAGCAUGCCGGGAGAUGGAGAGAGGAAAGAGAGGAGAGAGAGAGAGCGAGCGUGCUACUAGGUUUAUUUGGACCUGCGGCCGAGGGAGAGAGAGUGUGGGGAUGCGGCCUGGUGAAGGA